CAUUCAUUCUGCCUCUGGUGUUGGGUGCUUGAGACAUGAGGGCGAAUCAGACGGGUCCCUACCCACCGGGAGUUCGAGGGAUGGUAGGAGGACAGGGACCCAAGCUCUAACAGUGACUGCUUAGGGCGGUAAAGAAACCAUCAAGGCAUUGGGACCCUGUAGACGCCCAGAAGGCUUCCCGGAGGAGGUGAGGCCCAAACGSAGCCCUGAAAAUGGUUAAGAGUUUGUUCCAGGGAGACAUUUCGGGGGCAUUCUUGGCGGAAGGACCUGAAACGUGAAAGAAACAGGCGUAUUCUGGUAAUUGCGAGGAGAGGUCAACAGUGUGGGAAGUUGGAGAGACCCAGCUGGAUGUGACCUUCAGGACAGAAUGGUGCUGGACUCGGGGGCUCAGGUGUAUGAGCAGGCACCCCCCAGCCUUCCUGCCAGUCCUCAGUCCCUGCACCAUAGGCUAAAGAGCCCAGACCGAGAUGGGCCACCCCUGUACCCCUGGCCUCAGUCCCUGGCUGUGCCUCUGGCUCUGGCAGUCCCCUCAGGGCUACAGCCCCAGCCUGAGCAGCAGCCCUUCUCAAAACUGCAUUUGGGCCGUGGCCACAUGCGAAGGAGUGAGAGCACCUACACUGUAAACAGUGCUGGCUGUCGAGGGCGUGGCACCCGGGGACCAGCCCCUCCUGGACAGGGACGAGGUGCAGGUAGGGGUACCCUGCGGGCUGCAGCCUCUCUGCCUCACAUUGCUAAGACUCGAAGGGAUGCAAGUGGUGGUACCAAGAGCCCCUGUAUGUUGGUGGCACUGCGGCCAACCAACAUGGACCGUGAGAAGGACAAGUUCUUCCAGUCCCAUUACACCUACAACCCACAGUUCGAGUACCAGGAGCCCAUGCCCACCACUGUGCUGGAGAAGUACUGUGAGGCCUCUGGACAGUUCAUCCAUCAGGCAGUUGGAAUCAUUGAGGCUGUUCUGGAGAAGUUUGGCACCUAUGAACACUUUGAGGCUGCCACCGGGGGCCAGCUGCUGACUAAGUGCCAGAUUUGGUCCAUUGUGCGCAAAUACAUGCAGAAAGAGGGCUGCGUUGGAGAGGUUGUGGUGCAGCUGAGUGAGGACUUGCUGUCUCAGGCUGUGAUGAUGGUGGAGAACAGCCGACCCACACUGGCCAUCAACCUGACUGGAGCUCGCCAAUACUGGUUGGAGGGCAUGCUUCGCCAUGAGAUAGGCACUCACUAUCUGAGGGGUGUGAACAAUGCACAGCAACCGUGGCACAGCGCCGAGGGCCGGUUGCAGUAUGGGCUGCGGCCAGCCAACCCYACGGAGGAGGGUCUGGCCAGCCUGCACAGCGUGCUGUUUCGCAAGCAGCCAUUCUUGUGGCGCGCAGCUCUGCUCUACUACACCAUCCAUCGCGCCGCGCGCAUGUCCUUCCGCCAGCUCUUCCAGGACCUGGCGCGCUACGUGCAGGACGCUGACGUUCGCUGGGAGUACUGCGUGCGCGCCAAGCGUGGCCAGACCGACACUUCCAAGCCUGGCUGCUUCAGCAAGGACCAGGUGUACCUGGACGGCAUCGUGCGUAUUCUGCGGCAUCGCCAAACCAUUGAUUUCCCACUGCUGACCUCGCUGGGCAAGGUCUCCUAUGAGGAUGUGGAUCACCUACGGCCCCAUGGGGUGCUGGAUAAUACCCGAGUGCCCCACUUCAUGCAGGACUUGGAACGCUAUCGGCAGCAGCUGGAGCACAUCAUGGCAACCAAUCGCCUGGAUGAAGCAGAGCUGGGCCGCCUGCUGCCUGAUUGAUGUUUAUUGAGGGCUAUCAGCAGAAGUCCUAUGCAGAGGCCUCCAGAUCAGCCCCCAGAAUAUGAAGCUGAUUACUCUGUGC